AUGGAACACACUCUCCUCCCCCGCCAUGGCGGCAUGGACAUGGGCAUGGCGAGCAACGUCUCCUGCACGGCCGAGAUGAUCUGGAACUGGAACACAAUCGACAGCUGCUUCCUCGCUGAAUCAUGGCACGUGACCACAAAAGCCAUGUUCGCCGUCUCGUGCAUCGGCGUCGCCCUCCUCGGCGUCUCUCUUGAAUUCCUCCGUCGUGUAUCCAAGGACUACGAAGAGUCCCUGCAGCGACAAUUCCAACGGCACGCGAUCGCUCAACUUGACGAUCCGCUUGUAUGCGGGGCGCCGCCGAGUGUCAUGACGUUCCGCGCAAGUCCGAUCCAGCAGGUCAUCCGGGCGAUUCUGCACGUCGCGCAGUUCGGGACUGCGUAUAUCACCAUGUUGAUCGCCAUGUAUUACAAUGGGUACAUGAUAAUUUCCAUAUUCAUCGGGGCAUUCUUGGGGAAGUUGUUCUUUGACUGGGGGCAAUAUCGCGUGGUACUUGGCCAGACGCAGGGACCGAAGCAGGCGACGGUGCAGGUGCAGGAGGAGGCGACCAAGUGCUGUGGAUGA